UAUAAAUUAUUGCGCAGUUUUGGCUAUCCAACCAGAAUAGCUUCGGAAGCAAACCAGGUGUAGCCAGCGCUCAAUGGAGGACAAAUUGUUUGCAUUGUGGACUUUGGGCAUUGUUCUGUUUGCUUCGAGCGUUACAGACGUGCUAAUGAUGAGUGAGAGUUUAUGUAAAAAUAACACGGUGCUUGCGAGAAACUGCUGUCGUCUGCCGGGAAUCAUCAACCAGUCUAUAGUGGACGAGUGCGACGAUAAAUUCCCUCAUCUACCACCAGCAAAGCCCGGAGCCAAGAAAACAGAAGGAUCAUGUGUCGUUGAGUGCAUGUACAAAGCGAUUGGAGCGUUCCAAAACAGCAAACUGGAUUUGGACAUCACCGUACAGCACGUCUUGCAGACGGUUGAAAAGUAUCCAAAUUUUCAACCAUUGGUAAACGAAACAGUGUCGUGGUGUUUCCGCAACGCCACAGAGAAUCCAACGUUACAGCAAACCACCGGGUGCAGCUUCGUCACUCAGGAAAUGAACGAUUGUGUCAAGAAAAUGCUUUUCAUAAGUUGCCCACCGGCUAACUGGACCAGCAAACCGGAAUGUGAUGUCCUAAAGGGCAAAAUGGCGGAAGGAUGCACCUAUUCCAGCUUAUACUGAAAAUUAAAAGUUAUUUCUGUAAAUUUGUUAAUCACGUGUACUACGCGCAGUACCUUUUCGAAAUUGUCGAUCAGUGAAUUCAAUAAACUUUGGCAUUCAUUUUUGCA